GUGGCGCGGCCGAGUCAUCUCUUGGCUUCGCCGCUCGGAUCUCCCAUCCCUCCCCCCGCCCCGGCGCGGGGGGUCGACCAGCCAAGAGGGGCGGGAGGCGACUCGGACCCUCCUCUUCAUUUCGUUCUGGCCAGCUCCCCGGCUACCCGCGCUGGGGCCUGGGGUCCUCGGGGCCCGCGAGGCCCGGUCUGAGAGGCCGGGGCCUACGUGGGCCCGCUGCUGGGCCCCAUGAGGCAUAGCCUGACCAAACUGCUGGCGGCCUCGGGCAGCGAUUCCCUCACCCGCAGCGAGAGCCCGGCGCCGGCCGCGACCUGCUCGCUGCCCCCGGACUUGACCCGGGCGGCAGCGGCGGCGGAGGAGGAAGAGACGGCGGCGGCCGGAUCUCCCGGCCGCAGGCAGCCGCGCGGCGACGAGGCCGAGUUGGAGGCCGGGAGGGGGAGCCGCGGCGGCGUGGCCGUGCGCGCGCCCUCGCCCGAGGAGAUGGAGGAGGAGGCGAUCGCCGGCGUCCCCGGGGAGGAGACGGAGGACAUGGACUUUCUGUCCGGGCUGGAACUGGCGGAUCUGCUGGACCCCCGGCAACCGGACUGGCACCUGGAGCCCGGGCUCAGCUCUCCCGGGCCUCUCUCUUCGUCCGGCGGAGGCUCGGAUAGCGGCGGCCUGUGGAGAGGGGACGACGACGACGAGGCCGCGGCUGCCGAGAUGCAGCGCUUUUCUGACCUGCUGCAGAGGCUGUUAAACGGGAUCGGAGGCUGCAGCAGCAGCAGUGACAGUGGCAGCGGUGAAAAGAGGCGGAGAAAGUCCCCAGGAGGCGGCGGCGGCAGCAGCGGCAACGACAACAACCAGGCGGCGACAAAGAGUCCCCGGAAGGCGGCGGCGGCUGCUGCCCGUCUUAAUCGGCUGAAGAAGAAGGAGUACGUGAUGGGGCUGGAGAGUCGAGUCCGGGGUCUGGCAGCCGAGAACCAGGAGCUGCGGGCCGAGAAUCGGGAGCUGGGCAAGCGCGUCCAGGCACUGCAGGAGGAGAGUCGCUACCUACGGGCCGUCUUAGCCAACGAGACCGGACUGGCUCGCUUGCUGAGCCGGCUGAGCGGCGUGGGACUGCGGCUGACCACCUCGCUCUUCAGAGACUCGCCCGCCGGUGACCAUGACUACGCUCUGCCGGUGGGAAAGCAGCAGCAGGACCUGCUGGAAGAGGACGACUCGGCGGGAGGAGUGUGUCUUCAUGUGGACAAGGAUAAGGUGUCGGUGGAGUUCUGCUCGGCGUGCGCCCGGAAGGCGUCGUCUUCUCUUAAAAUUUUCUUUUUUAGGUGAUUUCCUUCCUGCCAGGCUCCGUUGUAGGGGUUACAGAACAGUCGUUCCCGCCUCACAACCUGGUAAGGAUCCAUCUCUUCACGUAACGCUCAUGCUCUGCUGCUUAGUCUACUUUAAUGGGCAACAUCUCAAUUUGUGUGUGUGUGGUUUUUUUUUUUUUUUCUUUUUUGGAAGGUGGGAGGGAGAUCUAAUUUGGGCCCUGUCCACCCUGGAAACAGACUUGUGCUGGUCAAUAAUGUAUUUAAGAUGCUUCUUCUGGUUAAAAUAGCUGUUAAUGUGUCCCCUUGUUCAGACUUGCGUGUACCUAGCUCUUCUGUCCCCAGUGUGGACAUGGCCUUGGAUGACAUCGGUUCCAACUGUACACUGAAAGCUGCUAAUAGAGAUACAGUUUGGAGACAGUGACACAGGUGAAGUUGAAUGGAAGUUCCGAGUUGUACAAGGUGCAAAUUGGAAUUCCAAUUUUAGAGCAACUUUUCAGAGGUUGACAAUAAGUAUUUGGGGCAUGCGCAAAUGUGAUAGUUUUGCUGGAGAUGACAAAAAUCUCUUAAAUAUUCAAGAAUGCCUUUUAGUUUUCAGUAGAAAAUCUAGAAAUACAAUCUAUUCAGAUUAACAGAUUGUAAUAUCUCACCAUUAGAGAAAUUGGAAAUUAAUAUGCAUAUCAGAUUCCUGUGUUAGUUAAUUGAAGGAGGAAUAAGAAUGGUUAAUGAAAUGUUUCUCUGAGGACCAGCACAGUGAUUACCCUAUCACUGAGUAUGAAUAAAUUGUUGAACACCUUUAUUUUUGUUGUAUUAAAAUUUUAGGUUAAAUUUAUGUAUGAUUAGAUAUUGAAGGUUGUGAAAUGUGAAUGAAAACGUGUAAAGUGAGGCUUCACAAAGAAUCUUAUUCUCCAUAUUUCAAAGGUAUUUGUUCUAUUUAAAAAUAAUUUUAAAAAUUGAGUGGUUCUGGCUACUUAAUGACACGAUGGACACUUUUUCCAAACAUGGGACAUAUUCUCCCCUUGAAGUACUCUAUUAUCUAUUGUCCAGUUGUAUAAAUUGAGUUACGGUGUCCUUCAGUGUAACAGGCAUUAAGAAAUUCUUUGUGAAACAUCACUGUUUGAUAAAGUAUAUACGUAUUUAGCAUCCUUGUUUUUCUUUGUGCUAAAGUGGAUACAGCUGUUGGGGCAGAAGAGACGGGACCAGCUGCUGGCCACAUUUCCUGCUUUAUUUUAAAAGGUAGUAUAAGAAAUGAGGAAAAAGAGGUAAUAUCAGGGCUUCUGCUGUCUUUUAUUUUAAAAUGUCCAUAAUAAGUAUUUUCCAGCAGUCCAAAGAUGUAAGUUAUCUUACACAUAAAAUGUUUUAUUUUGUUGUUAUUUGGUUAUGAAAAUGGAAUCCUUGUUCUUGCACAACUGUAAAUGUUUUGUUGCUAGAUAAUACGAUUUGAGACCUAACUUGGUCUCUGGUUUCCAGUGCAUCACAGUGUAUUUUGUAAAAUCAUCUGCACUUGAGCAUGAAUGGGUAGUAGCCAAACUCACAACCUGGAGUGAUGAACCUGCUUAUACCUAAGUGCAGGAGCAAGCCCCUCACAAUGCAGCUGCAUGGAUUUUUAGUGCCUACUGAAUUAUAUAUAUAUAUAUAUAUAUAUAUAAACCAAAAGUAGUUGGAAAAAUUAUUUGAAAUGACUAAUUUGUGCUAUCUUUAUGGAAUAUGUUAAAUGUAGCUUUUUGAAACAGAAGCCUUGAAUUGAAAUUUAAUUAAUACUUGAACAUUUUGUAUAUAUUUCUUUGUAUAUAAUUUUGUGCAGUACCAAUGAAAAAAUACGGUGUCAUAAUAAAACCAGGUUUGUUGAUCUUUCAGUUAUGGGCUCAAAGAAUUUAUUCAUCUCUAACAUGACAUUGGAAAAUAAUGGAUGACAAUAGGAAAAAUGAUUGUUGUUAAUGCUGACUGUGGGUCUUAAAAGGUUCUGGAAGCACUUAGCAGUGUCUACAAAAACGAAUCUUUUCCUACAACCUGUUAACUGACUGGACUGAUGGUAACAAAGUAAUUGUGGGAGCCAUGUCGGUCAAAAAUUUGGCAUCUGCUGAAAAAAAUGAAUGCCAUUUUCAAGUUCCCAAAUUACUUCUAUACUGAUUUCACUUUCCAGAAAUGGAGAUAUGAAAAGAUUCUCUGGAAUCCUUGAAAGACUUAAUAGAAAUACAUGAGACUAAGUUAAUUUUGGAACAAAAUUAUAUUUUUUUUUUUUGUCUUUCAUGGGAGUGAUACUCAGUUCUUUGCAUACCUUUUAAAAAUUGUAACCGUUGGAGAAGAGAAUUACAGUAUUUCAUCAAGGAAUGUUAGAUUCUUUACAUAAUCAAGAGUACAUUCUAUGGAAUUACAUUUAGUGGAGUAGAAUUACAUAAACAGGCCAUCAGUGAUCACAAGGCAUAUCAUGAGUUUGUAUUUGUUUCCUGGAACACGAGAGCUAAUCUGAAAUACAGACAGACGUUUCGGAGUAGAAAAGUUAAUGUAAAGUCCUUAACUAUAAAGAGUAGUCUUUAAAUAGAUGCAUUGAUUUAUCUGUAUAUCUUUGGAAAAAUUGAUUAUGAUGAAAUGUCUGGGUAGUUAAUUGCAAUUCAGGGUAAUACCAGGAUGUCUGGAUUCUGAAGUUUUGGCUUGAGCUUUGUCUGAGUACUUGACACUUGAAUAUUUUGAGGUCUCUAAUGAAUGGUAUACUAGUUUCUACUGUUUUAUGUUAAAGUUUCUGUAGUGUUAUGUAAGGGCUUUAGUAUUCUGGAUGAUGGGAGUGGCUUUUUUUGUGGAAUGUGGUUGUUUUAUUUAAUUGAAACAUUUUUCCAGUUUAUUACAAGUGUGAAAAAAACACUCAAAACUCUGGAUUGUUUUAUUUCAUUUUUGUUGGAUUAUGUUAAUACAUUCUUGCACCUGGUCUA